GCCAUUUUGGUAGGAUUUACACUUUACCAGUGAUUGUUUAUUAACUUAUUUUACACAUUCAGCCUAUGAUGAUUUAUUUAAACACAAUGUAACUCUGACAGGUGUGUUGAAAUUAAAGAUAAAAGAGGUAUCCAGUAUGCCCCCAAGACGCAAAAAGAAAUUCUACAAGAAAGGUGCGGAAUCUGUUGGUGCCGACACACGCGAACCUGACAUCGAUGAUGAAGCAGAUACUUUGGAACCUGAAGAAGAAUCAGGCGAUGCUUCAAUAGAAGAAAAGAGGACAGACAGUAAUUUGACAGGAGAACAACCAGGGAUAGCUGUUAUUCAGAACAUUAUUAGUAAGAAUGUUCAAAUUGGAAACGAAAAUAUCAUCUACGAACGCGGAGAGGCUUCUCCUGGAAUACAAAAAGGAUUGGCAAUCAAAGGCACAACUUUAAAUGCUACGGAAGGGUCAAGUAUUACUCAAACUAUCUCUGCAGAAAAUGUUAUACAAGUUUUCUCGACUCAGCCAGCUACCAAGGAAGUUAAACAAUUUUCAUCAAACAUUCAGACAUUUCUAAAUUAUGUUGAUAAUUUUGACAGGGGUAACUACAUAUUGGUUGUUGACAGAACUUCUGGUUUAAAUGAUCUUGAUGCAUUUGGUCUAGUUGACUGGAUUGCUGUUUUAGACUUUGAUGUAGAUAGCAGGUUAUCUGGUCUUUUGUCGUAUGUAGAGGAAUCUCUUUCAAGUCGACGUUCUUUGCACAUUGUUAGCUGGCAGGAAGAAAAAUGCAAUUUUUCGGAAAACUCCCUCUACUGGAUUGGCAUGAAAGGUUGCUCCGACCAACCUGAAACCAUUACAGAUGAUGACUUUCAAAAAUGGAAAAGAAAAACAAAACAAGGAUUUAUGCAGCAACUUAAGCAACUGAAACGAUAUGGGGAUGAUUACACGCACUUCACUGUUGUUGCAUUGUGGCCUCGUGAAUCUGUUAACUACAAACAUAUACAUUUUGUUUUGAAUGAGAUAUCUGAUGCACUUUGCCCAAAAGAGAUCGUUAUUGCCGAUGAUGGGUCAAAAAAAUCAAAGGAAGCCGAAUCAUUUUUAGAUAUAUUAAAGGACGAUUUCACAUCAGUCACUAUAGAUAUGAUAGAUGUAUGCAAAUCUAUUACAUGUGUUUGCAAACCAUUGCCCAAAAUUGGUUCAUCGAAUUAUCAGCUUCCCACAGCAGAUAAUACCAAAGAUCCUAAAAUAAAUGACCAAAAGGCUCAGUGGUUGAAUGAAGAUCUUAAUGUUUUGUAUUUGACAAACGAAACAGGUAUACAGUAUAGUUCAGUAGAACUUGAGAAAGAGGAGGAAGCCUUUUUCAGAGGAGGAACAUUGCCUUGGCCUUGGUGGUACCAGGUCGGUCCCGGACGUGUUGAUAUACAGCGUGAUAUAUCGCACGAUAUAAUCAAUUAUAUAAAAACCAGACAUAUUUCUUUAUGUCGCUCAGGAUGCAUCACAUUAUUUCACAAUCCUGGAUCCGGAGGCACCACUUUGUCUCAGAGAGUAGUAUGGUCAUUGAUGAGUGAAAUACCGUGUGUACAGAUAAAGCAAAGAGGAGGGUCUUCCAUCAUUGACAUAGUGGAAAAAAUUGAAUUCCUUGUUGACAAAACACAUAUGCCUAUCUUAAUACUUAUUGACGGGGGAGAUGAGCAAAAGGUAGAGUCACUACAAGGAAUAUUAGGUGGGCAUUGUUGCAUAAUAAUUAUGUAUGUUAAGAGAAAUCAAAUGAAAUCUUACAGUGAAAAAUCUAGCCGGCAAGGAAUUUUCUGGUUACCUAGUUCACUUAGUAGACAAGAAAUGGACAAUUUGAAAUAUUUGUACAGCAAGCUUUGUGAUACAGAAAGAAAAAGGCGGAACUUAGAAGACUUAGUAUCCGACGACCUAAACCACUCUCUUUUUGAUUUUGGAUUCGCAAUGCAUAGUUACAAAUACAAAGGAAUCGAGUCUUAUGUGCAAGGUUAUCUUCAAUUAGAUAUCAAUGGUGGAAAAUUGAUAAAUACAAGACAGAAAGCCUUAGCAUAUUUGUCGCUAGUAUACUACUAUGGACAGGCAUCACUUCCUUGUAAAUUCUUUGCAUAUCUUUUAGAACUGGAUAAUGCUGAAAAUGUAACAACACUUGCUGACUUUCCAGAGAAUGUUCAAGAACUGCUGGUUCGAGAUACACAGGAUCGCAGAAGAAAUAUUGUGAGAAUAGCACAUUACUAUAUAGCGAAGGAAAUAUUGGACCAAGUUUUAGUUUAUCCAAAAAAGGUUGAACGAAAAUCUGAACCAACUUUAAGCAGUGAAAGCAAGAGAAAUCUGGGUUCCUUUGCUGUUGAGUUCAUUGAAAAAGCGGGAAAAUUUAAUAAACAAGAACCGUCUUCAACAAUAUCGUACAUCAUGACCCGAACUUUUGUUUUGCGUGAUAAUAAAGCCGUCGGAGAAAAUGAAACACAGGUUACACAUAAACGACAACGAUUUUCUCAAAUUCUCGAAGAUUCAUGCUCCGCUCCGCCAUUCACUGAUCGAUUUAACAUAUACCGAGCAUUGACAGAUUCUUUCCCAAUGGAAGCGCAAUUCCGAGCCCAUCUUGGAAGGUUAUAUACUCAUUGCCGCUCUGACGAAACUAAAAAAGCUGAGAUAUGUUUCAAACAAGCUGUAGAGAUAUGCGAGUCCGAAAUACAACCGGAAAACGUUUCGAAGAAUUUCCAAUUCGACGAUAUUCCGUUUAGUUAUAAACUUGAUCUGAUGCAUAUAUAUCAUAUGUACGGAAACAUGGUGUUAAAACAAGUCGCCAAUUUCACUGGCAAAUAUUUGGGCGAUAGAGCAAGGAUACAGACAAAAGACGAUUUCGACGAAAUUGCAAUGCAGCUUCUACCGCAAGUGAAGCAAGCGUGUGCAUUAUUUUCCAAGUGUAGAGAUAUAACACCAAUUGGUUGCGAGGGUAGUUUCGGUUACAUAGGCGAAAUACAAGUGCGCCUGAUGUUUUGUGACUACGUUCAUCGCAACAGUGGCUGUAGAAAAGGUGUUAACCAAUACAUAGAAGCACGUAGUGGCGAAAUAGUUCAAUUUGUGAAAGAAUGUAUUCCAUUUGUAGAUGAUCUGUUUUUGUCCUGUUUCAGCAAUAUUGAACCAGAAAAGAUGGAUAGAAAUGUAUCUGGUCUGAUGAAUUGGUACUCUGCAUUAUUCAAACAGAGUCGUACAAACUUUCCGCGUAUACAUGCAGAUGAUGCUAUGUCACGGAGGAUGGAAAUAGCUAAGGUGAAGAUGAAGUACUGUCGGCCAGACUCUAUUGGAAUUCUUGAGCAUGUGAAUGACGUGAGUGAUGUUGAAUUUAUAGUUGAAGAGCUAGAAAAGAACUUCCAAGACUACAAAAAUGAAUGUCCUGACAAACUUCCAAGUAAAAGGGCAAUGGACCUAGAUUACAGAGAAUGGCUGGUGGCUAUACGGCAUCAUUUAUUUAAGAAGGAUUAUGCCGUAGACAAAGUUCUACAACAGGUGCAAUUGUGGCAUGACCUUUUGCACACGCCUCAUUCCCUAUUCUAUCUUUUUGUGAUAAAAAGUAUGCAUGGAAUAGGAAACAAUGAAUCACAGGGCGAUUCAACAGUAUUGUUUGAUGCACAAAAUACAAAGGAAGAUAUGCUUAAACGAUCUAAAUACGUUACAAAACCCCGAUAUCCAAGAGAGUGGCUUGGAAAAACUGGAAAUAAUAUACGUCAACUUGUUUCGGGGCUUCGUUUUUUUGGUCAAAUCGAAGGAAGAGAUAUAAAACUAGGGAUAGAUUUCGACACACUUGAAGUUCAGAAAGGGACAAUAUGCGCACCAAAUGAUAAGCCGGCAGGUGGUUACAUUAACCUAGAUUUAGGACCUCGAAACCGGGUCCCAGUUAAAGUUUUCUUUGUUCCGGUGAGGUCAGAGGGCAAUUUGAAAGGUUCCAGCUAUAAACACCAUCGAGUCGAGUUCUUACUUGGAUUCAGUUUAUCACAUGGAUACGAGGCCUUCAAUGUCAGAUUAAUUGAACACACGAAAUGCCCUAAGUGUCAGAAAAAUGUCGAAAAACGGUCUUGUGACACAGCCAUUGAGUGUCCGAGGUGCCUUAUAGAAUUUCCUGUUGGAAGGCAAUCUAAACAAAGCCGGAACGGGUCAAAUAGAUGAAUGAAAUGAAUGAAUAAUUAUUAAAUCGAGUUGUAUAUUUGGUAAAUAUAUGUUUACACUGUAUAUUGACUAGGUUAACAAAAGUUAUUUUUAAAAACGUUUAGGAAUCAGUUUAUAGAUUUUGCACAGUAACAAUAUUUUUUAUUACUUGCAUGUAUUGAUCAGUAAUGAUAAACAGUCUCUAUUAAACUGUUUCAAGAUGCAUCAUAGUUAAAUUGUACGUCUUUAUGACAUCAAAAGAUUUUAUAAGCUAGAUAAUACGAGAUUCAAGAUGUAUUCUGAUACGUAUUGUAUGAAUGUGAGUAGAUGAAUUCUAGUUAUUAUAUCAUAUGAUUAUAUCUGAUAUCUAUUUUUAUUUCACACCUUAUAAUAUGUAAUCAUUAAACUUCCAAUGUUUGCACCAAAAUAUCAGUAAUGGAUCUUAUAUUAUUAAUGUAGCCUCGUGUACAUUUUCCGAGAUUAACAAGAUUAACAUCUAAAUCAAAUCCAUACUGUACGCCGUGAAGCCACGGAGAUCAAAAAAGUCCAUCCUUAUUAUACUCCGUCUCGCCUCGUUAUCAAAAUAAACCCAAAUUGAAUCUAAAUUGUCCUCGAAGUAAAAAGUUCUGUCAACACGGUUUUAUAGAUUAAUAUUUUUCUGAUUUUUCACUGAAGGGUAAUGCUACCUAUAUAACAGUCCAAAUUGUUUAGUCAAAUGGUACAUUUGAAUAAACAGUAAGAUGAACUACCAUUAGGAAUUAACAUUAUAAAAAUAGUGAGGGGUAAUAAUAUACAAGUAUGAUGCAAAUAUGUUCAAAAUUAUGUGUUUGUUUUUUGUUAUCAAUAUAUCACAUAAUUAUUAUGUACAAUAAAUAUAUUGAUUUUCCUGUACCAUCUAUUGAUAUGUUUAAUAUUAUCAUGUCAACAAUUUACGCAGAUAUAAAAUCAGUAGCUAUGUUAUUUUGUUUUUAAUUUGAAAAUAAAAACAACAUAGAGUGUGUUUAAAUGAUAUUUGAUGCCGUUAUGGUAUAUGAUAUUUAGAGGUUAAAAAGUAAGUGUAUGUGUAGAAAUUAAGACAAAUCUCAUGUUAUGUACAAUUAAGAUGUAUUUAGAUGUUUAAAAGCAUGUGUAAAAUUUAGCAUAUUUCAUGUUUUGUACAAAUUAUCAAUAAAAUGUGUAUGUAUUGCAAGGACCGAUGGUCUUAAGGUACUAGUAUUUGAUGCCUGUAGAAUCUCCUUUCUGCAGAGUAUUCAUUUUCAGUGAGGACACAGAGUUUCGAUAAGGCAUGGGUUCAAACCACAGAAGAUGCGAUUCAAUUUUUGUCUUUUUUUCUAUUUUUUUUCUCUCUCUUUUUAUAAUAUAAAAUCUGAAAUUAAGGGGGGAAAAGUGUGCGCAUAAUACUUACUGAACAUUUUGUGAAAUUGGAUAGUGUAACAACUUAAAAUGAUUAAAAUUUGAAAAGGGCAUGGUAAACCUUUUUAUGUUGCCCACAUAUGUUAAGAUUUGUGUCAAGAUAAAUAUUAUCAAAUAACAUUUUGAUGCCCCUAUUUUAAUGACGAAAUCUAACAGGUUUUCUUAUCUCACCUUCUUCUUAUUUGAUGUAAAAUAACAAGUACCUGUCUCAAUAAACCAAAAAAAAAUCUUUUCAUUGACAUUUGUCAUUGUUUUUUUUUUUGUUUUUUUUUUUUGUUGUUGUUGUUAUUAAAAAAUAUGUGGCUCUUUAUUAAUACUUUUCAACUAAGACAAAUAUGAAACUAGCGAAACUUUUCUUCAGAUAAUGAAAACAUAUUCUUUGUUGUUGUUGUAUAAAUUGAUUCAAAAGUUAUACGUCAUUUGUCAAUAUUUAAAUUAUUUUUUUAAACAAGAUGGUACAUUUUUGUAUUUUUUGUAUUUAUGUCCAGAAUAUAGUACAAUUUAUCAACAUAAAGUUUUAAAUGUCUUUUGAAAAAGUGUUAAUUAUACAUGUAAUACCUUAAACCCAAUAAUUUUUGUCAUUGUCAUCGUCAUUGUCAAAAAGUUAAAAUUGCUGGUAUGAAAAAAGAAGUUAUUAUAUAUUGUUUAAUAUAAUGAUGAUUCUAUUAGAUUCGUACACUGCUGCUCAACCUAUAUUGAACUCGUAUGGCGCCAAGUUUAAACUGGUUUGAUAGCCCGUCCAAAAGAAUUUAUAGAAAAAGAUAUACAUCUAUUUGUGUAUGUAUGUAUGUAUGUAUGUAUGUAUGUAUGUAUGUAUGUAGCUUUACGUUUGAAAAUCAUUGGCAUCGCUAUACAGUAUCAUGUAUCAUAUUUAUAUCGUAUUUUUAUAUUUCAUCGAUACAGAUUUCAUGAAUGUGAAUAGACAUGUUAGUUAUUACAUCAGAUGAUUAUAUUAUAUCUGAUAUCUCUUUUCAUUUCACACCUUAUAUGUAACCUGUAAAUUUCCAACUUUUGCACCAAAAAAACAUAAGUAAUGGAUCUUAUAUUAUUAAUGUAGCCUAGUUUACAUUUUCCGAGAUUAACAAGAUUAACAUUUAAAUCAAAUCCAUACUGUACGCCAUGUAUACACGGAGUCCAAAAAAAGUCCAUAUCAAAUCCGUAUUUUACUCCGUCUCGCCUCGUUAUCAAAAUAAACCUAUAUUAAAUCUAAAAUGUUCUCGAAGUAACAGUUCUUUCAACAAAGUUUCUAUAGAUUGAUAUUUUUCAAUAUUUUUACUGAACCUAUGUAACUGUCCAACUCGUUUAGUCAAAUGGUACAUAAUAAUAUAAAUGUAUGAUGCAAAGAUGUUCGAAAAUGAUAUGUAUGUUUUUUUUGUUUCUUUUGUUGUUAUAUCAUAUAUAUGUACAAUUAAUAUUGAUUUUACUGUAUCAUCUUUUGAUAAGAUUAAUGUCAACAAUUUACGCAGAUAUCACAAAAGUAGCUAUGUUUUUAUGCUAUGUAUUGGAGAGAGAAAUGUAGAGUAUGUUAAAAUCAUUUUUGAUGCCGUUAUAACGGUUUUACCAUGAAUGUAUAUGAUGUUAAGAGAAUAAAUAAUUAUGUGUAUGUGUAAAAAAUAAGACAAAUCGCAGGCUCUAUACAAAGACAUAAUGUGUAUUAAGGUGUUUUAAAGUAAGUGUAAAAUUUUUAAAAUUAAACAUGUUAUGUACAAUUUAAAAAAAAUGUGUAUGUAUUGCAUGGGCCGGUUGUCUUAAACCCAUUAUUUUUGUCAUUAUCAUCGUCAUUGUCUAAAAGUUAAAAUUGCUGGUGUGAAAAAAAAAACCUUGUUUAAUAUAACGAUGAUUCUCUUAGAUUCGUACACUGGUGCUCAACUUAUGUUGAACUCGUACGGCGCCAAGUUUAAACUGGUUUGGCAGCUGUAUUCUCGUCCAAUAGAAUUUAUAGAAAAAGAUGUAUGUAUGUACGUUUAUAUGUAUGCAUGUAGUUUCACGUUUGAAAAUCAUUGGCACCGCGAGAUUUAAAUGAUACAACAUAAAAGUGAUAUUGUGACACAAAUUCAUUGUACGCAAUACUACAUAGUAUUGUACUAUACAGUAUCAUAUUUCGUAUUUUUUAUAAUUCAUUAUUUUGAUAAGAGAAAUGUCUACGUUUGUUAUUAAUUAUGUGAAUUAAUUUUUAUGAAAAACAACAAAAAAAACCGCA